UGUUGCUCCGCCCUCGUUGUUCCGGGAAGCGGACAGUCCCUGGGGGUAGUUGUGGCUGAGAGAGCAGGACAGUGAUCAGGAUUUUCGCUCCGGCCGUCGGCGUUGCCGCUGACCCAUUCAGCGAUUGAUUAAUUCCCCGGAAAGUUCUGGAAAGUCGGUGCCGUCGCACGGGUUCCAGUUUGUGGUCGGGCAGGUGUGAAGCAGUCACAUGGAUCCCCGGGAAUUAAUCAUCACUUUUGUGCUUCUGCUUUGUAGAGCUGGAUCUGUAAGUCUGGAAGUUCUGGGAGACUGCUCGCAGCCGGGCUUGAAUUGUACUGUUCAUAUUGGUGGCUGUUUAGAUAGCAGUUGGUUGAGCUCUACCCGUUGGACACCUUCAUUUCCCAAGGAGCUGCAUGUUAAUAUUGCCACUCGAACAAAUGCAACUGGAGUCUCAGUGCCUGUGCUGUCCAUCAGCUGGAGAUUAAGAACAGAUGCCAGUAUAAAGUAUUCUCAAGGAAUAGAGAUCUCUGUGAUAAAGCUAAGCAACGGAGAGGAGAAAUGUAUUCAAUACCGAUUCAAAAACAAGAUAAACAGCCAACUAAAUCCGCAAGGAGAGAAGUGGACAUUCUCACUGGACAGACUUGAGGCAGAACCAGAGGACUCCUACAGAGUGUCUGCCUGCAGUUUACCAAGAGCUAAUAUCAAUCAAGAUAAUGAUUGUCCAGCAGUCAUUUUUACUGUGCCUGGUUGUAAGGAUGACCAAAUUAAGUACACAGAACCCUGCAAACGUCGAGGCAGUGUAUGGAAUCCCAAUAUCACACAUAUCAGAAGGGAAAUGAGCACAACGGUCUUCUUCCAGACUGCAAAGUAUGCCAACAAAUACCUUGUCUUUCUGCACAGUUAUAGUUCAGAUGGGAAACUCUGUGACAGCAGUCAUCAAAGAAUCUUGCAGGAAUCUGAACAAAAAGUUAAUAUAAGCUUUUCAACUGAACACUGGAUGCAAAGCUGCAGAAUUUAUCGUAUUGAGAUUCAACCAUUUUUCAUUGACUGCUAUAAUGAUUGCAGAAGAAUUUGUAAAGAUAUCCCAGGUCCACAGUAUGAAGAAGCAAAUCCACCAGAAUUACCAACACCAUCAACUCCAGGAGGGUCAGUUGAGCGAACUGGUUUCUAUGCUGCCAUUGGUGUUUUGGUCUUCCUUUUAAUCUUCGUCUGUAUCAUUUGGGUACAGAUAAAAUCCAAACAAAAUGAAAUAAAGUUGCUGCCUAAACUCCCAUUUGAUGAACCAGUGGUUGCGCAUCCAGAACUUCCACAAGUGAAAAAGAAAGUUCUGAUAAUUUAUUCGUUGGACCACGAACUCUAUAAGAAUGUUAUCCUGGCAUUUGCACAAUUCCUGAUGACUGCCUGUGGUACUGAAGUAACUUUAGAUUGUUUAGAACUUAACAAGGUCGCAGAAGUUGGGCAUAUCAAUUGGCUCACGUUGCACAAAAGUGAGUCAGACAAGAUAAUAAUUUUAUGUUCGCGUGGAACAAGGCUGAAGUGGGAAGCCAUGCUGCGGAUUGAACGGAACCAGAUUUUGUUAAAAAGUGAUGAACGUUCACCAAUGCGUGACAUGUUCACUCCUGCCAUGAACCUGAUUUUGCCAGACUUCAAACGGCCAGCUUCAUUUGGGAAGUACAUUGUUGCAUAUUUUGAUGACAUCAGCAGUGAAGAGGAUGUGCCUGAUCCAUUUAACAUCGGUGUGAAAUACAAACUGAUGAAACAAUUUGAAGAAAUAUAUUUCCGAGUCCAGGAUUUGGAGAAACACGAACCAGGAAAAACUUACCGUGUGGUAGGAAUAACAAUGGAUGAUUACCACAAUCACCCAUGUGGUAAAAAAUUAAAAAAUGCAAUUGAACAAUUUAAAUUGAUGCAAACAGAGCAACCAGACUGGUUUGAGAAAGAAUGUGUUCUGUCCCCAGAGGAAGCAGAAGCUGAGCCAGUCUUAGCUGAUGAAUACAAUGAGCACCUGCCAAUGAAACAGAACAUUGUGCAGUACAAACCCUUUGAUGAUAUUCGUUGUACAGUAAAUGAAGUGCAAAUUGUCAAAUCAAGUAACGAGAUACUUGUGAGAAAUCCAGUAGGUUUUGAGCAUAAAGCCCAAGAUAUCAGUUUAUCCCAAAAUCUGAUUGGAGUAGAUGCACAAGUUCUAAAUGUGACACAUACCCUGGAACCACUGUGCAACAUGUCAGUAUCUGGCUGUAGUCAGAGUAUGUUAAACUAUACCAACUUUAAGUUUCCCAAGUCAGAAGGGGAGCCACACUUGCAAAAGGAUUGGAUGCUGAAGAAUGAUGUGUCAGAUGUUCCUCAGCACAGUUGUGAAGAUGACAUCACAAUGAAUGAAAUUGGUGUACAUUCAGAUGGUAACCAAGUCUCGUGUAUUUCUCAUGAUGUAAAGAAGAGACUUGAAGAAUUUCAGCAGAUGUUAUUUCUUCAGGGUUUAAUGUCUUCACAGUAUUCAGCCAGGCCAUCAGAUUUGCAAAGUGAAGUUAUAGGAUGUCCACAAUCUCUCGUUCUUGACAAAGAGAAUAUAGAUUCAGACGAAGGCUAUAGCUCCAAACAGUCAUUCUCAGCGGUUGAAAUCCCAUCAGUAGGUGUGAGCACUUCUUCUGAAGCACUAAAUGAAUUAAAAAGUCUGCAGAUGGCUUUACUUAAUGAAAGCAUGUGUAAUUGAAUAGAAGAUGAAUUAUGCACCAUGCAUGUGACUUGUGGACAAGCUGGCUCAAUGACUCAGGAUAGUCAGUGUCAGUUCUGCAAAAAAAUGAAGCAAGGCUGAUGUACUUUUCCUGCAUUUCAUAUGUCUGUCAUAUAAAAUCAACAUGUGAACCAUUGGGUAAAUCACUUCAACACAAGUAAUUUAAAAUGCUCUUCAUAUUUGCACACACUUCAUUCUAAGACAAGUCAUCUGUAGCCAAGAAUGGAUUCAGAAUAAAUUGAAAACAGUUCUGCUUAUGUAAGAAGCUUCACUCUGAAUUUCAGCACUGUACAAUCUGUAAAGGACAAUAAUGGCUGUUAAAGUAUGGUAAUCAAUGUAAUUACAAACUGUAAAUUUAUGAUGUUUCUUUUUUAAAAUAAAUCCAUAUUGGACUCCA